UACACUUUCAGUGUGAAGCCGGACAUUUAAUCAUGGAGGUCUAGGUCCAUUGUACUAAAUUUUAAGUUGUGUACCUACGAUCUCAAUGUGGGUUUUUAAAAUUAACAUACAGUGAGAUAUAUUAUACAUUAAUCACCCAAUUUUAUUUUGUCAACUGAGACCAGUGUUCUUAUAUUAUGAAGGAAGAGAAAAUUGCUUUGAAGAGUUCUGCUGGUAAAGAAAAUGAACCUGUGUUAGAAAAUGGAAAGAAGAAGGGCAAAGAAGAAAGGCCUGCCACUAAGAUUGUGGUGCGGCGAUUGCCUCCCUCCAUGACGGAAGAACAGUUCAAAAAUCAGGUCUCACCGCUUCCAGACAUCGACUACUUCUAUUUCGUGCCAGCUGAUAUGUCACUGACACCAAAUGCAUUUUGCCGAGCUUACAUCAAUUUUGUUGACCAAGCAGAUCUCUUUAUAUUCACCCAGAAGUUUGACGGAUAUGUGUUCGUUGAUAGUAAAGGUACUGAAUAUCCAGCAGUAGUGGAAUUUGCGCCAUUUCAGCGUAUACCCAAAAACCGUCCCAAUCGCAAAAAAGACCCAAAAGUGGGAACGAUUGAAGCAGACCCAUCAUUUAUUGCUUUCAAGGAACGGUUGGAGGCUGAAUCUCUAGAGAACAAAACUGCUGUGAAUGCAUCGAAGCAGCAUUUCUUUGAAACUAAUUUGGUUCCUGAAAAAAAGGAAGCAAUCAACACCCCUCUGUUGGAUUAUAUUAAACACAGAAGAGCAGAGAAACAGAAAGCCAGAGAGGAGAAGCGGGAGGAGAAAAGAAAGAGGGAUUUAGAUAGAAAAAAAGCCAAAGAGGAGCAAAGGCGGAUAAAGAAAGAAGAGGACUCUUCUGUAGUAAAGACCUCUUCUACCUCUCCUGUCAGUCCUAAGCCAAAAUCACCUGCCCAACCAAUACUUCCCUUACCUCUUACAUCAAACAAGAAAGAUGAUAAAGUAGAAGAUAGAGUAGGAGAUAAGGUACAUCAUUCUCAAAAAAAGGAAAAGCAACCACCUCCAUCCCAUAAAACAGUAAGGGAAGAGCUGGAAGUUACAACAAAGGUUUUGAACAGUCAGAAUACUAAUAAAGAAAAACCCAAGGAUAAAGAAGUGAAGAGCUACGUAAAAAAGAAGCCAGAUGAAGAGAAACUGUCUGGGAAAGAAAAAUCUUCAGCUGAGUCCAGGUCAAAAGAGAGCAAAGUGAGGACUGGGAAGAGCUACCAAGAGGAGCGACAACGCCAGGCGGAGCGCAGAGAGGAGCAGCGCAGGAAGUUGUCGCAGAGCCAGAGUAGUAGUUCGGUCCCAGAGGCAAAAUCUUUGACUACUACUGAGGAUAAGACUACUGCUGGUGGAGAAGAGAAACCAUCAGAGGAAAAGACUGUUGCUUCUGAAUCAAAAGGAAAAGAAUACAGAAAACCAGAAAGGGCGUUCAAACGGGAGGAAGUUAGGAAAAAUUCAUACAAGUAUGAAAAAUAUGACAGUAAACGUGAUAGAGACAUUGAUGAAACAAGAAGACCAAGGAGGACUACCAGUGAGAGAAGUUACCAGAACAAUAGAAGGGAUGAUGAAAGAUCGGAAGAUGGGGGUAGAAAGAGAUACUCUGAAUCGAGAAGAAACCACGAUUCAGCUCAACGUGAUAGAUAUAAAGAUAAAAAUAAAGCAUACAGCCAAAAGAAAUCUUAUGGAUCGACCACAGAAAUCGAUAAAAGUAAAAAUUCCGCAGAAAGUACAACCAAAACAUCUGGUAGCAGUGAUACUGUCAAUGAAAGUACUGGAAAAUCGGCUUCAGAUGCAAAGGAAGAAAUAGAGUCAGUAGAAAAUGAUUUAAAAAUGGAAGCACAGUCUGUUAGUUCUAAUAAAGAAGCAAGUAGAGAAACUGAAACAAAAGAUUUGGGAGCAAAACGAAAAGUUUUUGAAUUAAAAGACAAAACCAAACCAACAAGAAGAAAAUCAUUGGAUUAUGAUAAAAGUAAGUCUUCUUCCAACUACAGCUCUAAUAAAGGUUAUAGCAGGGAGAAAUGUCCUGAAAGAAAGAGGCGGAAUUCUGUUGGAUCCAGUAAACAAAAUCAAGAUAGUUCAGAUGAGUCUAAAGGAUUUUUAGCGAAAGAAGAAACAUCUAGAGAGGCAGAACCAAAAGAAGGCUCUCCAACUGAUCACGAAAAUGAAAUAUCCAAAAGUGAAGAAAUUAUUCCAAAAGAAAACACAGACAUGGAAUUCGAUGAAAAAGAUAGAAAUAUUCCAAAGAGAAGGAAUUCAACAGGAGAUAGACAAGGCACUGAAAAACAGUCCCCAAGGCGAAAUUCGUUGGGGUCAGAAGAUAAAACACAAGUUAGUAAUUUCAAAGACCUGAAAUUUGACCGUGAUUUAUCAUCUGAAGAGAGUAAACCAAGAAAUGAAAAAGGCACAGAACGCAGCAGUCGUGAUCCUAGAACUGAAAGGAGGAUAAGAAAUAAGGAUCGACCGAGCAUAGAGAUCUACCGUCCAGGGAUGGGAAGGUUCAGUAAGCAGCGUUUGGAGAGAGAAAAGGGUCUCGGCAGCAGCACCGAAGUGGACUCCCCGUCCUCCAGCCCUUCCCCUACGCCCGUUCUCAAACACAAGCUUGUUCCCCACUAACUCAGCAUUCAAGAUUUGGAAUGGAAUUCCUAACCUUUUUCACUGAGAUCUUUUAAAAUUAUAUAAAAUUGUUUUUAUUAUUGAGAUAUAUACAUAGUUAUAAACUGAGAAUAAUUAGAGAAGACAGUGUAGGUUUAUGUGUGAUAAACAUCUUGUACACUUCACCAAUAUUUAUUUUAUUAACUGCUUUACUCAGUGGAUUAAAACCAAUACAUACCUGUUGUAUAGCUGUUGUAAAUAACACAUUGCAUGAGUAGACAGAUUGCAAGAAUUAUUAUAGUUUGUAUUUUGCUUUGUAUGUAAUUACUGUUAUAAAUAAUUUCUAUUAUGUUGUAUAAACAGAACUAUAACGUUAAGUCAUGAGAAACAGUGUACAAUAUUAUAUUCUAGUAGUAUUUGUUGUAAUUAUGAGUAAUUUACCCCUAGAUUUAUUUUCAAGGUGUAAUUUAUUUCUUAUGUAUGCUGUGAUUAAAAAUUGAAAUCUUAUGACUUAUGAAUAAA